AUGCCAGCAUUAUUGAAAGUUGCAAGGAAACCGAUACUAAUCGUUGUGUUCCUUGUGGCAUUCAUGUUCAUGUACCAUAUUGCUAGUAUUCCCAAAGUGAGCAACAAGAUGCAAUCAGUUGCUUAUUAUACCGGUUAUGAUGAAAGAGCUUGUCUUCCUCAAGAGUUCCUUCAAAAGAAUCCACCUUCCAAAAAGGCAAAGGCAGCCAUGGUCAUUCUUGUUCGAAACAAAGAACGAGAAGCGAUUGCAGAAACACUUGUUAAUUUUGAAGAUAAAUUUAACAAGAAUUUCGAUUACCCUUAUGUAUUUUUAAAUGAGGAACCUUUCACAGAGGAGUUCAAGACAGCGAUGAAGGCAGCAGCACCAAAGGCAACAAUGAAGUUUGGUUUGGUUCCCAAGAGCCAAUGGAGUUACCCUCCUUGGAUUGAUCAGUCUUUGGCACAAGAAUCUAGAAGAAAGAUGGAUGAAAGUGGAAAAUAUAACAAGCAAUACGGAUUCGUUGUUACUUUAUUAGAACUCCGAGAGACAAUCCCCAGUCUCUGGAAAUAUGUGGAGGAUUAUGCAAAGUCAAGACGUAUUGAUAUUUCUAGUGAAAGUAGCCAACUUUUAUUCCCUUACUUUAGAGAUAAAAGGACGGGAGAUUUUAAUCUGUGUCAUUUCUGGUCUAAUUUCGAAAUUGCAUCAUUGAAUUUAUGGAGAAGUCCUCAAUACCGUGAUUUCUUCAACUAUUUGGAUCAAACAGGCAAUUUCUUUUAUGAACGAUGGGGUGAUGCACCAGUUCACUCUUUGGCAGCAGGAUUAUUUUUGACAACAGACCAGAUCCAUUACUUUGAAGAUAUCGGAUAUCAACAUGAUCUUUAUAGACAUUGUCCUAGCAAAGCUAGUAAUUUAAGCUGUCGCUGUGAUUGUCCUGUGGGCACAAAUGAUAAGAGUAUUGACCACGACAAACACUAUGAUACUUGUCUUCCUCAAUGGUUAAAACAUGUCAAAAAUGUCGAAAAAAAAAAAGUUAGUUGGUGGUUAUAG